UAUUACGCAGAGGCACACCUCCAGCUUGGAAGGACAUCAGCCGGCCGAGGGGGCACCUCAGCACCAAGGACAGGCCGAAUAGACCGGCUCAUCCAGCCGCUCCUGCGGGCGCAAACCCUGGGUCCAGCAGAUCGUGAGAUCCCUGUGCAGACGGUGUGCAACCGCGUGUUUGGCGGGCAGGAGUCAUCAUUUGCUUAUCGACCAGAUCAGCUUGGAGGAUGCCCAUCUGAGAAAGAGAGAGCUGAUUUUGACUCUGACAAGACUUCAACAUGUCUAGCACUCAGGUAGACAAUGGCUCUGCAAACUCAGCAGAAGCCAAGAAAACAGACCUGAGAAUGAAUGAAAAGAAAUGCUCAUGGGCUUCCUAUAUGACAAAUUCACCAACAAUGAUUGUAAUGAUCGGCCUGCCUGCGAGAGGGAAGACCUACAUGUCAAAGAAACUCACACGUUACCUAAACUGGAUUGGAGUCCCAACCAAAGUGUUUAACUUGGGCGUGUACCGCAGAGAGGCGGUCAGAGCAUAUAAGUCCUAUGAUUUCUUCCGCCAUGACAAUGAGGAGGCCAUGAAAAUCAGAAAGCAGUGUGCUCUGGUAGCUCUGCAGGAUGUGAAGGCGUACCUGACGAAGGAGGGAGGUCAGAUUGCGGUGUUUGAUGCAACAAACACAACAAGAGAACGGCGAGACCUCAUUCUAGCUUUUGUGAAGGAGAAUGCGUUUAAGGUGUUCUUUGUGGAAUCAGUGUGUGACGACCCAGAGGUCAUUGCUGCUAAUAUUCUGGAAGUGAAAGUGUCCAGUCCAGACUACCCUGAAAGACACAGAGAGAGAGUAAUGGAUGACUUCCUCAAACGAAUCGAGUGCUACAAGGUUACCUACCAACCAUUAGAUCCUGAUGAUUACGACAAGGACCUGUCUUUUAUCAAGGUGAUGAACGUGGGCCGGCGUUUUCUGGUGAACCGUGUGCAGGACUACAUCCAGAGUAAGAUUGUCUACUAUCUCAUGAACAUCCACGUGCACUCUCACUCCAUCUACCUGUGUCGGCACGGAGAGAGCAACCACAACGUUGAAGGCCGCAUCGGCGGGGACUCUGAACUUUCUCCUCGAGGGAAACAGUUUGCCCAUGCCCUGCGAGAUUUCAUUGAAGAGCACAAACUUUCAGAUUUGAAGGUGUGGACGAGCCAGCUGAGAAGAACCAUCCAGACAUCGGAGGAGCUGGGUGUUCCUUAUGAACAGUGGAAGAUUCUCAAUGAGAUUGAUGCUGGUGUGUGUGAGGAGAUGACGUAUGAGAUGAUCCAGAACACACACCCAGAGGAGUUUGCUUUGAGGGACCAGGACAAGUACCACUAUCGCUAUCCAGGAGGCGAGUCGUACCAAGACCUUGUCCAACGUUUGGAGCCGGUUAUCAUGGAGUUAGAGAGACAGGGCAACGUGUUGGUUAUUUGCCACCAGGCGGUGAUGCGCUGUCUGCUAGCUUACUUCCUGGACAAGAGUGCAGAAGAUCUACCAUACAUGAAAUGUCCACUCCACACAGUACUCAAGCUAACUCCUGUUGCAUAUGGUUGUAAAGUGGAGAUGUUUUAUCUUAAUGUGGAGGCAGUAAACACACAUCGAGACCGGCCUCUUGGUAAAAUCUCGAUGGAUUCUGCUCUCAUACAUCGGCGGAAUAGUUACACUCCUUUGGCCAGUCACGACCAGGUCAAGCGUCCCAGGCUCUACAGCGCGGGCAACCAGCCCUGGCUACCUCUCGCCCCCACCCCAUCAGCUCUGAUGCCAGAGGGACGGCAAAGCCAACCUCGGAUAGGAAGCAUUUGUCUGAGUCCCUGUGCGAAGGAAUCGACUUUGAAAGCCCAGAAGAAACUACUGGCUGUGUCCGCUUCUGAGUGAAGAUGAAUGCCUCGCUCUUCAUAGCACAAUGUGGGCGAAGAUUCAAAGGUUUCAAACAUAGAAAGAUGUGAUUUUUGAUUUUGAUUUUUUAAAACCACAUUCUUGGAAAAGAUGGUCAGAUUAAAAGUAGGAUGAAGUCAAAGAACAGUUUCUUGAGGCCACCUGCACAGAAGGUCAUUUUUUGGUCUUAUCUGUCUCAAUCUCUCUGUUUAACUUUCCUCUGCAUGCUGAGGCUUUGAACUUAGUUAUUAGUAUCAUAAACACUUCUGCAUGUGUGCCAAAAUCAAUCAAUCAACCAAAACAACAUACUGUAUUUCAGAACUGGCAACUAAUCCUUAUUGUAAAUAUUACAAUGCCUUACUGAACUUUAAAUCUAUAGAUAGAAGUAGUUCCUCUGUAUGCCAUUAAAUAUAACAAGUUAUGCAUUAUUAUGACAACAACUUUUUAGUAUUGGAAAUAGAACAUGUUGUAAAGUAGAAGCUGUAAAAAUAUUUUUAUAAUACAAAUCCACUCAUCUACCUUAUGAACAAUCUGUAGCUGUAAUUCUUAUUGAAUAAGCCAUCAUUUGUUAUCUCAUGUUAAUGAUAUGCAUUGUAAGUUUUAUGUGUUGUUAGAAAAUACACCACAUUGCUAAUUAUACAAGCAGUAAAUAAAGAAACUUAAUUUUCUCUCACAAGCCUGCAAUUCUCACACCUAAUGUAUUACGCUGGUAUUAUCUGUCACAAUGAACACUAAAUCCUAAAUGCUCAUCUGUUAAUCCAUUGACUUCUUGCCUUCUGCGAAUUCUAGGAAGGGAUUUUGUGCAACAAAAACAUAACAUGUUGAUUGUCUGUUAGCUAUUUCUCAACAUUUGUGUUCAUGUUAUCAUACUGGCCAAAUAUUUGUUUUAAUUGCUUCAUGCUUUACUCCUUAAAUUCCUCCAUCUGCCAUUUUAACAGUGGUAAAGGUUUAAAUAUGACAAUGUAAUGUGUGACUGUUGAUAAGUUAUUUCCCUGCUCAAAGCAGCCUACUUGUGCCUUUUUAGCAGGCAAUAAAAGUGGAGACACACAUCUCUGCAGCACAUGGCAUCUUCCAAAUGGAAUGAUCCACAUCUGUUACAAGUCAUUUUAUUAUUUGUGACUUUCAUUUAAUUGUUGUUGUUUAAUGGGAAAUUGUCUCAAAAUUAUUAAAGAACUGAAUGAAACACAGAA